GGCUACCAUCAACAAGGAAGAUUGCGCAGUCUACCUCGUUGAUAACUUCAGAAGAGAAGACCAUUCAAUUCAACGUUGCAGAAAGUAUCAGACAGGAUGACAACAUCAACGAACGUCGCAUUAUUAUUGGUGAUGAUGGUUGGACUUAACAGUGCUAAUGAAAUAAAUUCAUCGGAAUAUUAUACAUAUGUACCCUAUGAACAAUCCAAGGUUUUUUAUUAUGAAAAUUUAGGCCCCACUAAGGUGAUAGGAGCAGAGUAUAAACUGGUUACGUAUUUUUCACUUAAGGAAUAUAAUACAAAGUACGACUUAUUAGGUUUGAAAAUGAAAAAUAUAACAAAUAUAUGCACUGACAAACGUCAUAUAGAUUUGUGUGGGAAAUAUCAAAUAGUAAUAACUGAUUUAUAUGAUGAAAUAACUAAUCAAAAAGAACGAUUGUAUAUGUCAUUAGGAGGUAGAGUUAAUCAAACCGAUGUAUAUCAAGAAAAUAAACGAAACAAAAGGGGAUUAAUAAACUUUGUGGGUAACGCAAUGUAUACAUUAUUUGGUGUAUGUGAUGAUAAAUGUGCAAGAAAACUAGAGAAGCAAUCAAACAAACAGAAGAAACAGGAGCUAAUAUUUUACAUAUAGUGAAAUCGCAAACAACGGUAGUGAAAACAGCAGUUAAAAAGAUUGCUAGUUCACUAAAUCAAACAGAGGCACUAUAUAAAGAAAUAUCAACUAAAGAACAAAAAUUACAUGAGAGAAUGAUGCAAUUACAGAAUGUAACUGAUGACGUAUUAGAUUUAUUAAUGGCUGACGAAGUCCAUAAUCUAUACACUAUAAUAACUAAUCAGUAUGCGUAUGAAACCUCAACGUUGGAACAGAUAAUAACAGCUGCAAGAGAGGGGUUAAUACAUCCAAGUCUUAUGACACCACAAGAACUUGCAUCAACAUUGAAAACAGCAGAACGAACAAUUAAAAAACAAUAUGCCAUACCUAUGGGAACAGA